ACAUAUUCUUGUAAAUUAUUACAACCCCACUUGAUAAUUUCCACUCACAAACCUCUCAAAAACACAAUCUUUUACAUACCCAUAUUUAUAUUACAGAUUUUUAAUAGUUCUACUUACAUUCUUGAAUUUUUUCCACUUUCAUUCAAUCUUGAAAAUCACAUAUUAUUACAACCCCACUUGAUAAUUUCCACUUACAAACCUCAAAAACACAAUCUUUAGUUAAAAAUUACAUAUUUUUAGCAGUUCUUGAUUUUGAUUUUACACAUUUUAAGCUUUAAUUAAUGUCAGUUGCUUGUGGAUUUGAAUGUGUAGUAGUGUUAGGAUGUAUGCGUUGGGUAUGGAAACGUUGUACUUACAUAGGUAAUGAUGACAGUGCCACGUGGCCUCCAGCAACCUACGAUGAAUUUGAACCUAUUCCUCGUCUUUGUCAAACAAUUCUAGCUGUUUAUGAAGAUGAUCUUCAUAACCCAAAAUUUCCACCUGAAGGAGGUUAUAAGCUUAAUCCUGACUGGGCUGUGAAACGUGUUGCUUAUGAAGAAACACUUGGUAAUGCUCCACCUUAUUUGAUUUACCUUGAUCAUGACCACCAUGAGAUUGUUGUAGCCAUUAGGGGUUUAAAUUUGGUUAAAGAAAGUGAUUAUAAAUGCUUGAUGGAUAAUAAGCUUGGGCAACAGAUGUUUGAUGGUGGGUAUGUGCAUCAUGGUUUGUUGAAGGCAGCAAUUUGGAUGUUGAACAAAGAAUCCGAGACUUUAAAAAGGCUUUGGGUUGAGAAUGGGAAGAGUUACAAGAUGAUCUUUGUUGGGCAUUCUUUGGGUUCUGGAGUUGCAUCUUUGUUGACUAUAAUUGUGGCGAAUCACGGGGGUAAAUUAGGGGGUAUCCCGAGGAGUUUAAUCAGUUGCUAUGCUGUUGCUCCUGCUAGGUGUAUGUCGCUCAACUUGGCUGUUAAGUAUGCUGAUGUUAUACACUCAGUGGUUUUGCAGGACGAUUUCUUACCAAGAACACCCACCCCACUGGAAGAUAUAUUCAGAACUGUCUUCUGUUUACCGUGCUUGUUAUUUUUGGUGUGCUUGAGAGAUACCUUCAUACCUGAAGAUAGGAAGCUUAGAGAUCCAAGAAGAUUAUAUGCACCUGGUCGAAUGUAUCACGUUGUUGAAAGAAAAUUUUGCAGAUGUGGGAGAUUCCCUCCAGAUGUUAGAACUGCUAUCCCAGUUGAUGGAAGAUUUGAACAUAUUGUGCUGUCCUGCAAUGCAACAUCGGAUCAUGGAAUUAUAUGGAUACAAAGAGAAUCAGAAAAGGCAUUAGCAAGACUCAAGGAGGCUAGUUCUGAGGCACCGACGACCCCACCGCCAGUACAGAAAAUUGAAAGGCAGCACACACUAGAAAAAGAACAUAAAAAGGCACUAGAAAGAGCUGUUACUUUAAAAAUUCCACAUGCGGUGCCAAAAGAUGCAGAGGAGGAACCCUUAGUGCAUAAAGAGGAAGAAUCAGCACGAGGAGUAACAGAGGCGGCUUCUCCCAUAAAAGGCGAAGAAGAUGCAUCCACAAGUACAGGCCAUUCUGCUGAUGUAAGAACUAACUGGAAUGAAGUAGUUGAAAAACUUUUCACGAGAGAUGAAACAGGGAAGUUAACACUGAACAAAGAAGCAAGUGGUGAAUAACGACUCUCUCUGAACGCUUUCUCUGUUAUUUUUUUCUUCAAAUUUUUGUGGUACUUGAAGCAAAGUAUUAGCAUUCAUGUUUCCACUAUUCUUUGUAUCCAUUGGUCAUGUACAUUUUUCUUUUGUAAAGCAAUAUCUUAAAAUAGAAUGUACAAUUCUAAAGCCCCAGAUACAGGGGAAUAGAAACAGACUUAGAAAGAAACGAUGAUUGGUUGUAAUUGCAUUUUUGUUUUGUAUGAAAUGCUUUUGUAUAGUUUGCUCGUGU